AUGACGCGUCUACGGGACCUGCUGCUUUGCGCGUUUGCGACAAGACUCGGCUUCGCACACAGCCACGAUGAAGAUCCUGCUCAGGUACCGCUCGCGCUGAGCGAGGGUUGUCAUCAUCCUGCAUACAGCAGUCAUAUCCUGUCUACUUCGCCACUGGUCAUCUAUCUAACUGACUUCCUAACUGCGGAGGAGCGCGCUCAUCUUACUGAUAUAACCAACGAUACCUUCAGUCACUCAGCUGUCGCCGACGGCACGGGUGCCCAAGGCGAACGGACAACGCGAACCUCGCAGUCCACCAAUGUCCGCCGCGACAACGUAGUCCGCUGCAUUGAAGAACGUGCACUCCUAUUACAAGGCUUCGACGUACCCCGAACCCACCUGGAACCCGUCCAGCUUGUCAAAUAUGCCCAGGGCGAACACUACCACUUCCACACCGACUGGUUUACGAAUCCAGUACACGCCACCGCCGCGCUUGGCGGGAACAGGCUGUCCUCCUUCUUCGCCUACGUAGCCGCUGAUAAUAUCACCGGUGGGGGAACAAACUUCCCCAUGCUCGAUGCGCCGUACAAUCAGAAGUGGUGUGACUUCGUCGACUGCGACGAGCCGUAUGAGAACGGUGUUACAUUCCGUCCAGUCGUUGGAAAUGCGGUGUUUUGGCAAAAUCUCCAUGAAGAUGGUCGUGGCGACCAUCGCAACCUGCACGCUGGAUUGCCCGUCACCAGCGGGUGGAAAAUUGGCAUGAACAUUUGGACGCGGCAAGGCCCUUUGAGCGACGAUAUUCGCGGGCUUGACGUCUAA